AUGUUCCGUACGGCUGGACCUUUGGCGCAGGACGGCGGCAAGGGCGCGCAAGUUGCGCACCAUCCGUCGCGCGGCAGCGGCCUUGCGCAGUACCCCUUUCGCCUGAAUAUGUAUAGUGUGCCCCCGGUCCAGGACAUUACCGUCGAGGAGUUUGAGGGGUGGGCGCUCGACCGCCUGCGCGUCCUCGCCGAGAUCGAGACGGCCUCGGCGCGCAACCAGUCGUGGCCCGAGAUCAAGGCGGCGAUCGAGCGCCGCUCGGGCGAGUUUCUCGUGCUGCGCUCCAACGCGGUGGCGCUCUCUGGCGCGGUAUCCACGGCGGCGGCGAAAGCGAAAGAGCUGCAGCGCGAGCGUAUCAAGGACCAUGUGUCGCACUUUGUCCUGCGCCUGGCCUUUUCGCGCACCGAGGAGCUGCGCCGGCGGUUCCUGCACGCCGAGACGGCGCUCUUUCGCUACAAGCUCGAGACGGAGCACCUCGCAGAAAAAGAAUCCUUUCUCCGCGCGCAAGACUUUGCCUGGCGCAUCGUCUCGCCCGAAGAGCAACGCCGGCACCGUGAGCAGCUGCUUGCGUGCCACCCCCGCCUGGCCGCGACGUUUGAGAGCGAGAGUUUCCUCCAGGUGCCGUGGCACCGCGUGCCGGACCUGGUCGAGCGCCGCCGUGUGUUUGUGAGCCGCGGCACCGCGUGGAUUCCGACCAAAGAGCAGAGCAGCCUGAUCAUUGCCGAGUUCCACGCGCGGCUGCAGAACCAGCUCGAGGUUACAUCGCGUGCGCUGCCGCGCCUCGACGAGGACGACCGCCUGAUGCCUGUGCUGGAACACCUGAGCAUGGGCUCGAUGGUCGGUGCGACGACCGACUAUACCAAUGCGUCGCUCGUCGGUGUCGACGGCUCGUCUGUGCACAUUACUGCCGACAUGGUCGCGCCGCUCAUCCGCAAGCACGCGCCGAUGUGCAUGCGGCAUCUGCACGAGACGCUCACUGCGACGCACCACCUGCGCCACUAUGGGCGUCUGCAAUACAACCUCUUCCUCAAGGAGCUCGGUCUGCCGGUCGAAGAGGCGCUCCUUUUCUGGCGGCGCAUGUUUAGCACGAUGACCGACGACAAGUUCAACAAGGAGCACCGCUACAACAUCCGCCACGGCUACGGUCUUGAGGGCCGCCGGCUAAACUAUCCCGCAAAGAGCUGUGCGCGUAUCAUUACGCAGGACGCGCCCGGCCCCCAAGACACGCACGGCUGCCCCUUUCGGCACUUUUCGCCGCAAAAUCUCUCGACGGCGCUCGCGACGCACUACAAUGUGUCGCCCGACGAGCAGACCGAGAUUGUGCAGGCGGCCAAGGCGGGCCACUACCACGUUGCGUGCACGCGGCUCUUUGAGAUUACGCACGCGCAGCAAGGCGUGCAGCGUGGCGACGGCCUCGGGCAGGGCGAGAGCGUCUCGCACCCCAACCGCUACAUGGAGGCGAGCUGGCGCCUGGCACAGCAAGGCGAGCCGAUGGACGUUGCGAGUUCCUAG